AAACAUUUAAUUUCGGCGAAAAAAACUUCAGUUGUUUUUACCUACUUGAGUGGUGCGGUCGAGCUCUCUUUUGCGGAGCGGUGUAAGCAGCAAGCAGACGCGAACAUUGAAUCGUCGGUUUAUUUAAUUAGACGCAAAAGAGAUUUGUUUUCAAAUAACUACCAUGGGUGUUAUGGUUAGAAUUUUAAUUGUGGCCGCUUCCCUGGGCGUGGCAGCCUUAGUUCAGAACUAUCGUUUAAUGAAACAGCACAUCCCACCUCCUAAAUUGGAUACAAAGGAGUACUGGGGACCAGGCAAUGGAGCUAAUUACAAAGAAAAUGUCGCAGUGAAACCCUUUGAUAUUUCCGUAAAACCAGAGAUAAUCCAAGAUCUUAUGUCACAACUAGACCGCCCACUGAAAUUGCACGAGCCACUGGAGGGUGUUGCCUUCGAAUAUGGCUUUAAUUCAAACUAUUUGCAAAAGGUCAUCAAGUAUUGGCGCAACGAUUAUUUACCCAAAUGGUCUGAACGUGAAAGUUUCCUGAAAAAGUUCAACCACUUUCAAACUGAAAUUCAAGGAUUAAAGAUUCAUUUCAUGCAUAUAAAACCGAAAAAUACCCAGGGUAAGAAGGUUCUGCCGUUGUUGUUAUUGCAUGGCUGGCCCGGCUCUGUGCGGGAAUUUUAUGGCAUCAUUCCUCUGCUAACUACUCCUAGUGAGAAACAUGAUUAUGUUUAUGAAGUCGUUUCCCCUAGUUUGCCAGGGUACGGUUGGUCUCAGGCUUCUUCAAAGAAAGGCCAUGGAGCGGCUCAAAUGGCUGUUAUUAUGCACAAUUUAAUGGUCCGUUUGGGCCACAAUAAAUUCGUAAUUCAGGGAGGCGACUGGGGCUCAAUGGUUGGUUCACACCUAGCGGCCCUCUUCCCCGAAAGCGCUUUAGCCUAUCACUCCAACAUGUGCAGCAAUUCGUCUCCCGUGAGCGUUUUAAAGAUGGUAUUUCACUCGUUUAUUCCCAGCUUAUUCUAUGAGAAACAACACGCAAAGUUUUUUAAACCUAUUGGUGAAUUAUUCGCCCAUAUUAUGGCUGAGAGUGGAUACAUGCAUUUACAGGCCACUAAACCCGAUACCAUAGGCACAGUUCUUACUCACAGUCCCGUCGGAUUGGCCACAUACCUCCUGGAAAAAUUCUCAGUGUUCACUGACGGCGAAUUCAAGCAUCUGCCCGAUGGGGGCCUUACCAAAAGGUUCACACUCGACAGCCUGCUUGACAAUGUUAUGAUCUACUAUGUCACCAACUCGAUAACUACCUCACAGCGUCUGUACGCUGAACAAUUCUCAAAAUCUCAAAUGGAAUUACAAAUGGACCUUGUUGCUGUCACAGCUCCAAGUGGAUGCGCCCGUUUCUUGCAUGACUUGGCUCACAGUACCGACAGUCAGCUCAAAGAUAAAUUCGUGAACAUGAUCCACAGCACUUACUACGAGGAUGGUGGCCAUUUUGCUGCUAUGGAACAACCCAAAGUUUUGUACCAAGACUUCCAGGAGUUUGUCAAAAAGGCUAAUUUGUAAGAAAAAUACUGAAAGGUCUACUGUUUUCGUUUUUUACGUUGUAAAUUAUAGGUAACUACUAACUAAGUUCACCAGUUCUUGUCAGAAAAAUUUUAUAUUUGUUGUACCAAAUAAAAAUUUUAUACCAUAUAA